AUGGAGUACUUUGACGACGCUACCGGAGAGACAAAGAAGAAGGCAGCGAUGGAGCUGAAAGGGGCAUGUAGGCAUUACGUGAAGGAUCUCAUCGGAGAGAAGAAUGGAGAGGUUAUCAGAGAUAUGAAAGAGAACGGAGCCUCAAAUGAUGAAAUUGCCACGAAAGUCGAGGAAAUGAUUGAAGCCAUCGCUGACGAUAAGAAGAAAGCUCAAGCACUUCGAGCUUCUGCCAACUGUAGGAAGAUCUACGGCGUGGCUCGGCGCUUCAGAAGAGGCCACAAAGAGGACUCUAUCGACGACAUUAUCGAUAAAUACCUGAAAUCUUGGCUGGAUGAAGAUCAGAAGGAGGAGGUGAAGAAGCUCCAUGAAGCCGGGGACCACGAAGGCAUAUACAGCAAAGUGAUGGGACUUUAUGACAGUACUACUGGGGAUUUAAAGGAGAAAGCUACUGCUGGAAUGCAGGCGGCUUGUAGGUACUACAUGAGAGUUCUAAUUGGGGAUGAGAAAGCUGAUGAAUUGAAAGAGAUGAAGGAGAGUGGAGCAAGUCACAGCACUAUCGCUGCCAAUUUGGAGGAAUUCAUCGCUUCCAUGACCGACGAAUCGAAGAAAACCAAAGCGAAACGACUCGCAGAUACUUGUAAGAGGAUUUUCGGUGUAACCCGGCGCUUCAGAAGGGACCAACAGCACGAGCAGAGUCUGGAAGAAGCCAUGGAGAAGUACCUAAGCUGGAUGAAUGAGGAUCAGAAGAAGGAGAUAGACAGGCUGUAUGAUUCCGGGGAUAAGCAAACGAUGUAUAAGAAGGUGAUGGAGUUCUACGACAGCGCUUCUGGAGACGUGAAGGAAAAGGCAACGGUUGAGCUGAAAGCUGCCUGUAGACAUUACGUCAAGGCGACAGUAGGUGAGGAGAAAGCUGAUGAGCUGAAGAAGUUGAAGGAGAGUGGAGCCAGUCACGACGCUAUCGCUGCCAAAGUUGAAGAAUUCAUCGCUGCCAUCACUGAUGAGAAGAAAAAAGCCCAAGCAGAGCGAGUUUCAGUGGCCUGCAAGAAGGUCUACGGAGACAAGGAAGCAAUGUAUAAGAGGGUAAUGGAAAUCUACGAAAGCGCUUCAGGAGACGUGAAGGAAAAGGCGACCGUUGAGCUGAAGGCAGCCUGCAAGCACUACGUGAAAGACACUAUUGGCGAGGAAAAUGCUGAGAAGCUGAAGGAAAUGAAAGAAGGUGGUGCCACCCCCGAAGCGAUCGCUGCAAAAGUUGAAGAAUUCAUUGCAGCCAUCACUGAUGCGGAAAAGAAAGCGAAGGCAGAGCGAGCUGCAAUGGCUUGCAAGAAGAUCUAUGGAGUGGCUCGACGAUUCAGAAGGGAACACCACGAGCACAAUCUCGAGGAAGCCAUGGAAAAGUACUUGUCAUGGCUCCGUGACGACCAGAAAGCUGAAGUGAAGAAGAUCUAUGCAACCGGUGAUCGUGUGGCUGUCGAGAAGAAAGUCCUGGAGAUGUUUGAGGAUGCCACCGGCGAUGUCAAGCAGAAAGCUGCAGCCCAGAUGAGAGCCGCUUGCAAGCACUACAUCAAAGAGUACAUCGGUGAUGAGAACGUUGCCAAGAUCAAGCAGAUGAGGGACAGCGGAGCUACCAACGAAGAGCUCUCCGCCAAAAUUGAUGAAUUCAUCGGUGCGAUAACUGAGAGCGAGAAAAAGGAGAAAGCUCUACGGGUAGCGGCACAAUGCAAGAAAGUUUACGCGCUGAAAAGCAGUCGAAUGAGAAGAGCUCUGGCAGUAUUGAGGGCACACCGUCAUCUCGCUGAAAAACGUCGACGACAUCAGGAUGAUGUUCAUUUUUUAGACAUUUGA